ACGUUAAUUCAGCACUGUCUUACUUGAUAACCUGAGCUGUAAGAUACGGUUACAUGUUCUCUAAACCGUGCUUGGGAUCUCUUUUCAAGGUGUGUACUUCAAAAGAGCAGUCCAACAUCAAAUAUUAAUCUAUUGCUGCCUCUGACAUUUUAUUUUUGUUACACUUGUUCCUGGCAGCAGAAUGUCGCAUAUCUGAAACAGAACCAAAAAAAAGGCAUACAUCAACCAUAAACUGUAUUCAUGGAGAACGGUGAGGACUCUGAGCUGAAAGACUGCAGGGCACCAAAAGAGACACAUAAGACCAAGGAAGCGAGACAAAAUGUAUCCAGUGCACCAGCCCAUGGCCAACCUGUGCCCACUCCAAGGGUUAGACCAAGAUUGGUUUUCCAUACUCAACUAGCCCAUGGCAGCUCAACUGGAUGUAUUGAAGGCUUUACCAAUGUUAAGGAACUUUAUGCUAAGAUAGCAGAGGUGUUCAAUAUCUCUCCAACAGAGAUCUUGUUCUGUACCCUGAAUACGCACAAGGUGGACAUGCAGAAGCUGCUGGGAGGUCAGAUAGGCCUGGAUGAUUUUAUAUUUGCUCACGUCAGAGGUGAAACCAAAGAGGUGGAGAUCAUCAAAACAGAGGAUGCCCUGGGUCUGACCAUCACUGAUAAUGGGGCUGGAUAUGCUUUCAUCAAGAGGAUUAAAGAAGGAAGCAUUACUGACAGGCUAAAAUCUGUGAAUGUUGGUGACAACAUUGAAGCCAUAAAUGAUCAGACCAUUGUGGGGUGCCGACACUAUGAAGUAGCCAAGAUGUUGAGAGAGCUACCAAAAUCAGAAACCUUCACCUUGCGUCUUGUCCAACCAAAGAGAGCGUUUGAUAUGAUCGGACAGAGAUGCAGACCUACCAAAUGUCCAAGUGAAGGGAAAAUAUCAAGUGGAAGAGAAACUCUACGCCUGCGAAACACAGGCAUGGCCACUGUGGAAGAAAUGCCAACUGAAGUUGAAGAAGAAGCAUCACGUAAAGUAGAUGAUUUGCUGGAAAGCUACAUGGGGAUCAGAGAUAUGGAACUAGCCUCAACCCUUGUCGAAACAGCCAAGCAGACGCAAAACCCAGAGGAGUUUAGCAAAGGGCUGGACAAUGUUUUGGGGGAAUUUGCCUUCCCAGCUGAGUUUGUAUUGGAGGUUUGGGAAGCCAUUCAUGAAACAGAAAAAUGAGCUCAAAAUCCUAAAUGUACACUGUGGACUGAUUGUAGGAAAUCAUCUUUCACCAAAUAUCAUCAAUGAACAGACC